AUCGAACUUGACUUGAAAGCCUGUUUUCCAGAGGUGUACCGAUUGUGUCAGCUCAUUCUUACUAUGCCAAGUACGUCCUCCUCUGCAGAAAGAUCAUUUUCGGCUCUCAAGCGUAUCAAAACGUAUCUUCGCAGUACACAAGGGCAAGAGCGACUUUCUGCAUUGGCUACAAUUUCAAUCGAGAAGGAGAUGUUGGUAAGUUUGCAGGGGAAGCCACGAUUCUAUGAGGACGUUAUAAAGGAGUUUUGCGCAAAGGAAAGACGGAUGGAAUUUACAUUUAAGUAAAUCUGUUGUAGGAUUUUGGACUAUUUCGUUCUGUUACUUCUUCACUACAAUAGAAAUGCACGCGUAGCCAUUUACUUAAAACGACUUUAUAUCACAAUACCACAUGUAAUACUUUUAAACCGUAAUUGUGAUAUAUACUCUAUAAAAGUUUUUGAAUUUUUUAGAUUUUUUCAAUACUGUUUCAGUCAUGACAGAUACAUUUUUUUCGACAAAGUACUCCCAGAAAUCGCGGGAAAUGCGCUCCAGUAGCCUUCAAAAUCCAAAAAUUUUCUUGGGGAGCAUGCCCCCAGACCCCCUAGAUAGGUUCGCGCAAGCCGCGAACCUCACCCCCAGCGCUUGCCUAUUAAAUUCGGUCACCGCACGCCACUGGAAAGAACUUAGGCAAGAUUUUGUCAUGAUCGUGCUAGAUUUCAUUCAUGCAAGAUUUUGAAAGAACUUAGGCAAGAUUUUGUCAUGAUCGUGCUAGAUUUGAUUCAUGCAAGAUUUUGCAAGAAUUUAGGCAAGAUUUUGUCAUGAUCGUGCAAGAUUUGUUACAGACAAAAUUUUGAAUUCAGUAUUUAAUACGUCAUCAACGGUUUCCGUUAUUUAAUUAUCUUUAUUUUCUAGCUAGGCUUUUUCUGUAGCAAAAACAUUUUUUCUGCUUUUUUUCUUGGACAUUAUAGAAAAAUAAAAGUAAAAAACGAUGUUAUUUGCUCGAAUAUUUCGUGGAGGAUGCAGAGGAAGAGAGCCAGCCAUCAUUAGAGAGAAACAUCUGUUGACAAAACAAACCAAACGUAAUAUAUCAAAUAUACAAACUAAAGUUGAAGUCAAGGCGAAGCCAAGAUUGAGCAGUCCAGUAUGUUCACAUAACGAGUGGGAUCAUUUAGAAGAAAUAAUCGUAGGACGUCCUGAGAAUGCCAGCGUUCCUAAACUAACAAUUGAAGUUAAGGCAAACACUCAUCAGAAAUAUUGGCCAUUUUACGAAAGAUAUGCUGGCAAAUCUUUCCCUUCUGAUCAUGUGAAAAAAGCCGUUAAACAAAUUGAUGAAUUUUGCAAAAUACUUGAAUAUGAAGGUGUUACAGUGAGAAGACCAAAAAUAUUGGACUACAGUAAAGAAUACAAAACACCAGAUUUCAGUUCCAGUGGUCUCUACGCAGCAAUGCCAAGAGAUAUUUUACUGGUUGUUGGUGAGGAAAUUAUUGAAGCUCCAAUGUGCUGGCGUUCAAGAUUUUUUGAAUACAGAGCAUACAGGGAUCUUAUAAAGGAAUAUUUUCACGCUGGUGCAACAUGGACUUCUGCUCCUAAACCAUUAAUGGAUGAUGCUUUAUAUGACAAGGAUUAUCCAAUAACAUCUGUGGAAGAUCGUCAUCAAUUAGCAGCACAAGGAAAGUUUGUGACAACUGAACAUGACAUCUGUUUUGAUGCAGCUGAUUUCAUGAGAUGUGGAAGGGAUUUAUUUGUCCAAAGGAGCCAGGUAACAAACUAUUUUGGAAUAGAAUGGAUGCAACGACAUCUCGGUCCAAAAGGAUAUAGAAUACACACUUUAUCCUUCAAAGAUCCCAAUCCCAUGCAUAUUGACGCCACAUUCAAUAUUAUUGGACCUGGUUUAGUCCUAUCUAACCCUGACCGUCCCUGUCGUCAAAUAAAUAUAUUUCAUAAAGCUGGAUGGCGAGUGAUUGAACCACCAACACCAUUGAUUUCUGAUGAUCAUCCUUUAUGGAUGUCUUCAAAAUGGCUGUCAAUGAAUGUUUUAAUGUUGGAUCCGAAGAGAGUUGUUGUUUCAAAACAUGAAUAUACAACACAGAAAAUGUUUGAAGAUCUUGGCAUUGAAUGCAUUCCAGUUGAUAUAACUCAUGCAAUGUCACUUGGUGGUGGAUUUCAUUGUUGGACAACAGAUAUUAGAAGACGAGGAACAUUGCAGAGUUAUUUUCAUAUUUGACUGCUCUUUGGAGACUUUUUCAUCGAUGUUCGCCAUGUUUUCUUUUGAAGCAAUUUAUAUUGUAGCUUCGUAAAAAUAAUAAUUAGUAGUUUUUUCAAUUUCAAAAUAAAUGGAUUUUCUGUCA